AUGCCUGCUCACAUUCAUCACCGUCUACACGGCAAUGCCGCUCUGGUUUCUUCCCAUUCCGAGGAAGCUGCGGACCAGGAAGACAGAUCAUUAUCUCAACGAGUUCACUUGACCCAUGAAGAUGAAGACGCCAUUGCGGAGAUUCAUCGAACCCUCACCGAGAAAGACACCCCAUACCCAGAGCCUCACUCGUCGUUUGAUAAGUUCCUGGAGGCAGAGCUCCAAGCGGGAAAGAAAAAGCCCAACCUUGGAGUUUGCUUUCAGUCCCUAUCAACGUGGGGUGCUGGUGGGGAACAUACUAACGUCAAGACCUUGGCAACCUCCCUAUGGCGCACAUUGACAUUUCAGGAUGUCUAUGAGUGGACGAUUAAGUCAUGGAUUUCCGCUCCAAAACCACCUCAGAGUGGGCGUCAGUUGAUCCGUGAUUUCACGGGGGUCGUCCGAGAUGGAGAGAUUAUGCUGGUUUUGGGCCGACCUGGAGCAGGGUGCUCCACCUUUCUUCGAACCAUUGCUGGCCAUCAUUCUUCAUUCCUUGGAGUCACGGGCUACAUUGAUUACUCAGGUCUUAGCUUAGACGAAGUAAAGAAUCAUUACCGCGGCCAGGUGGUUUAUGUACCCGAGGACGAUCUGCAUUUUCCGACACUGAAUGUCCGGCAAACUCUGGAAUUUGCCCUCCAGAGCAAAACCCCAAAGAGGUAUCAUGAAAGAAUCCCUCGAUAUCUCGAAAUCUACGGCAGAGUGUUUGGUAUGUCCCACACUAUGGACACUCUAGUCGGAAACGAAUACAUUCGAGGCGUCUCAGGUGGCGAGAGAAAGCGAAUUUCGAUUAUCGAAUCCCUUGCUACUGAUUCGUCCGUUAUGUGCUGGGAUAACUCGACAAGAGGUCUGGACGCUUCCUCAGCUCUGGACUACGCCCGCAGCCUGCGCAUCAUGACCGAUACCUGUGGCAAAGCCACAUUGAUGACGCUGUAUCAGGCAUCUGAUGCCAUCUAUGACUUGGUGGAUAAGGUUCUACUUAUCGACGAAGGGCGAAUGCUCUACCAAGGCCCGGCUCACGAAGCAAAGGCAUAUUUCGAAGACCUGGGAUAUGAAUGCGCCGAAAUGCAAACUGUCUCGGACUUCCUGACCAGUAUCACAGUUCCAGAAAGGCGACGAUUCCGCCCCGGAUGGGAAAAACGCGCACCGAAAGGGCCGCUUGAGUUGGAAGAGGCAUUCCGGAAUAGCCCUUCCUUCCGGAAAAUUCAGCAGGAUACCCAGGCUUACGAUGACCAAAGAUUUGGUGCGAGGAGUCGAUCGGUAUCACAGACUGGAUCGGAGCAUGGAAGCUUGGAAGAGUUCAAGAAAGCGUUGCAAAACGACAAAUCCCGUUUCGUUUCGUCCAAAUCUCCGUAUACCAUUUCCCUCUUUCGGCAAGUGGUGCUGUGUGCGAGACGUCAGCUCUGGCAGAUUAAAGGUCACAUGUCACCCCUAUACAUUAAGCUUAUUUCAUGUGUGAUGUACGGAAUUCUGGUGGGAUCUAUGUUCUACGAUCAGCCCCAGACAACUGAUGGCAUUUACUCCCGCGGAGGAGUUUUAUUUUACUCUGCGAUUUUGCUGGCCUGGCUGCAAAUGUCUGAGCUCGAAGAUGCAAUGCAAGGACGAGACAUUCUCCGUCGUCAGAAGAAGCUUGCCUUUGUCAGCCCAAGUGCCGUAUGCUUGGCGAGAGUGGUAUCCGAUCUCCUGAUUGCUGCUGCUCUCACACUUUUAUAUGUGGUAGUUGUUUAUUUUCUGUCAGGAUUGAAGUCAAACGCUGGAUCCUUUUUCAUCGACUUCCUAUUUGUCUACGUGUGCACUAUCUGUUUGACUGCCCAAUUCCGACUGUUUGCGUCCGUGUCACCCAACUUUGCAGUGGCUUUGCGCUACUGUGGUAUUUCUGUACUGUUUUGUAUUGUAUUCGGUGGCUAUGUGCUCUCCGUAGAUAAGAUGAUGGCAGAUGUUCCUUGGGUUGGAUGGAUAGCAUAUACAACACCCGCAUUAUACACAUACGAAUCGAUGAUGGCCGCAGAAUUUCAUAACACCAACUUUACUUGCGCUCCCGCCUCCGUUGUGCCUUCGGGCCCUAACUAUACCGACGUUACCUAUCAGACAUGCGCGUACGCGGGGAGCCAGGCCGGCAGUACUGUUGUGAACGGUGAUGAGUAUCUGGCUGUGCACUACGGGUUUUAUUUUGAAAAUGUCUGGCGCAACUUUGGAAUUUUGUGCCUUUUCACCGUCUUUUACAUCGCCGCAACUUGCUGGCUAAGCGAAGUUUUGGAGUGGGAGCCAGAUAAUGCUGGACCAAUCCAGCAUAAGAAAUCUAGGAAGAAAUCGAAUUCGAGUGCCAUUGACGAGGAAGCUGCUCCGGUGCAGGCUGAUCUGACAAUAACAGACUUUACCAACUCUGAUCAGAUAUCCAGAUAUACUUUUUCUGCAACCCAGUCGACCUUCACCUGGGAUAAUUUGGAGCUCUCGGUUAAAAUCGGAAAGGAGCAACGGAUGCUUUUGAAUGGGGUGAGCGGGUAUUGUAAACCCGGAACCUUGACUGCCUUAGUUGGGACAUCUGGAGCUGGAAAGUCUACUUUGUUGACUGCGCUCACCCAAAGACAAAGCCCUGGGGAGCUAACGGGUACGAUGUACGUCGACGGAAACCCUAUUGACUCCUCGUUCAACCGACGGAUAGGUUACUGUCAACAAAUGGACAUCCACGACGAGAGUAGCACCGUUCGUGAGGCAUUUGAGUUUUCCGCUUUGCUUCGUCAAGGCCAUGAUGUUCCUGCAGCAGAGAAACUGACCUACGCGAGAACUGUUCUGGAGACUCUUGAUUUGAUUGACUUGCAAGAUGCAGUGAUCGGAUCACUGGAUAUUGAGAAGAAAAAGCGUGUUACUAUUGGCGUAGAACUUUGCGCGCGGCCUGAGAUGCUGCUCUUUUUGGACGAGCCUACCAGCGGACUAGACAGUCAGGCGGCUUCAAGCAUUGUUGCUUUGCUACGACGGUUGGCAGACCAGGGGCUGGCUAUUCUCUGCACUAUUCACCAAGCGAAUCAGCAACAGUUUGAGCAGUUUGAUCGCGUCCUGGCCUUGAGCCCUGGUGGAAAUACGCAUUACUUUGGAGGCGUAGGACCAUCCGGUAGUUUGAUUUUCGAAUACUUCUCCAAACAUGGAUACAAACCAGAAAACGUCACCAAUGCAGCGGAUUUCCUUAUUGAGGUUGUCGUCGGGGGCAUGAAAACCCCCGCGAGCGUUAACUGGAGCGAGAUAUGGCGUGGCUCUACUGAGGCAGCGGAAGUCGAAAGGGAGAUUGCUCAAAUCCGGAGUGGAAGUGAAAACCUCCCCAGCUCUAGGACGGAACACACCCAGAACAUGCCUCCACUUCAUCAGCAGAUUAUGCUCCUGACAACGCGGACGUUACGGCAGUUCUGGAGAAACCCCGAAUAUCCUUACUCCCGACUCUAUGCUUCAUUCCUGCAUGCCUUCAUCAAUGGGCUUACCUAUCUGCAAAUCGGAAAUAGCAGUACGGAUCUCCAGUCCAAGGCGUUUUCCUGCUUCUUAGUUCUGAUGCUUGUCCCUGAGUUUAUCAACGCCAUCUCCAUGCGGUUCAUCAUGAACCGGGAUUUGUGGAAGGCGCGCGAAGGACCAAGUCAUGUCUACGGAUGGGUUGCAUUUUGCACUUCUCAAAUCUUGUCUGAAAUCCCGUAUGCCAUAACUAGUGCCGUGGUUUUCUUCGUUGUUUACUAUUUUAUGGUGGGCCUCCCGCUAGGUUUCGCCGCAGGCUAUUCUUUCUUAAUGUUCUUCCUGUUCUUCCUCUUCGCUACGUCCUGGGGCCAAUGGAUUGCUGCACUUAGUGCCGACUCCAUGGUUGCCGCCACGUUGAUGCCGUUCUUCAUCAUCAUGUGCGAGCUGUUCAACGGCAUCCUCCAGCCUCACAACAACAUGCCCGCUUUCUGGAAGUACACCAUGUACUAUUUGUCACCAUUUACGUACUGGAUUGGCGGGGUCUUGACUUCUGUGCUCCGGGGCAUGCCGGUCGUAUGCAACAAGAACGAAUUAACAAUCUUCCAAAGUCCACCCAACAUGACGUGCGGCGAGUAUGCCGGGGCAUGGCUGUCCGAGAAGGGUGUGGGGUAUCUAUCCAACCCGGAGGGAUCAGGAGAAUGUGGAUAUUGCGAGUAUACUUAUGGUGAUGAUUAUCUUUCCAAGAUUGGUCUCAACCCGUCAAAAAUAUGGCCAUAUUUUGGCAUUUUCACGGCGUUUGUGAUUUCAAAUUACCUGAUGGUCUACCUACUUGUUUAUCUGCGGUCUGUGAUGAAGCCGGUCUGGCGGAAAUAA